AUGAUAAUAUCAAUACCCUAUCAAGUUAUUCCAACGUUACCCGAUUCACAUGAAUCAAAAGUAGAACUAGAAGGUGGUGGGCAUCUGACUAAUCGGAUUGAGCUUAUUGGGAGCGAUGUAGAAAUUGAAACAAAAUUCCAAGCAGGUUCUAAUCUCGAGGCUUCAGCUGGAGCAAGAUUCGGAACAGGCGGUAUUAGGGCAAAUGCGAAGGCUGGUGCUUCGUUGCUUCGGCAUAAUAACGGCAAUGGAGAUAUAAAAUUUCUUAACGCGGAAGCAAGAGCAGAAGUAGUGAUGGGCGCUAGUUUCACAGCUACAGCUAAAGCAGGUAUAAAUCUUAUAAACGCAGAAACUAAAGCUGUUAAAGGAAAUAUCGGGGUCAAUGUCGACACAGGUGCAUCAAUCGGUCCUGAUGGUAUGGGUGCCAAGGUUGCAGGUUUUGGUAUAACAAUAGGAAAAGAAAUGGGUGUAAGUACACCCUUCGGAGGAAUUUCAAUUAAUCUGGGAGGAGUUUUAGAAGAAUUUUCGGGUUAUGAAAAACAUUUGAACAAUGCUUCGACUAUCCAAUUUUAUCCAUUAGAGCCACGUUUAUUAUGGGUUAUGAGUUUCAAAGAUGCUGAUAAAUUCGUCAAGGCUCGAAAAGAAAUAAAUGCUCAAUAUUUUUUAGUUGCUUCGCUAAUGUUUUUUAUGAUUCUAAUUUAG